UUAGUUUUUGAUUCAAUUGUUAUCCGUGAUCGCGAAAGGAGACGUGCUUCCUGGUCAUGAUUGUGGACUAAUUUUUUAAAGUUUUCCGAGUUUUUCCAUGCCAUUUAUUUAAUUUUUAUAUAAUCUAGUUUAAAUACGAUGGCAGAUUUCGAUGUUAUAUACGAGGAGGAUGAGAUCGAAGGCGAGGAACUACCCAGCGAAAACUUUAUCAGCUCAGUACCUGACCCAGUUGUAGUCAGAGGGGCAGGAAAUUUAACAGUUUUUGGACUCAGUAAUAAAUUCGACACCGAGUUCCCUAGUGGUUUGGUAUCCAGAGUAGCACCAGAGGAAUACUCGGCAACAUUAAGCAGAGUGAAUUCAGUCUUGAAGAAAACACUUCCAGUCAAUGCCAAGUGGUUGUUUUGUGGAUGUGUUUGUUGCUGUUGUACCCUAGGCUGUUCAUUGUGGCCGGUCGUUUGUCUUAGCAAAAGAACUCAGCACUCAAUAGACAAGUUACUUGAGUGGGAGAAUAAUCAUCUUUAUCACAAAUUGGGCCUUCACUGGAGAUUAACAAAACAAAGAUGUGAUUCCUCAUCAAUGAUGGAAUAUGUCCUGCUCAUUGAAUUCAUUCCCAAAAUACCCAUCUACAGGCCUGAUUGAUGGAAGAAUCUUGAAGUCCUCUCAAAAUAUGUUCUUGGGAGGUAUGUUUCACAAGUGCAAGUACUUAUGAUUCACGUCAUUGUUGAUCAAAUCCUGUGUAACUGUAUGUACAUUUUUGUAAUUAAGAUACCUUGAGCUGUUAUCCUCUCCUACUUGACUGACAAUGUUACUGUACAGAGAUUCACAUAAUUUUUAAAUAGUCAGUUGAGUGAGCUCACAUUUGUGAUUUUUAUUUUUUCCAAUUUUGUCUUUGCAACCUUGCAGUCAAAAUGUAUCAGACUCUCUUAUUUGCUUAGUCAAACCGUACGUUAACCAAGCGUUUGAAGUCAUGGGUGUAAAAAAGCAGAUGUUGCACUCAGAAUAAAUAAACUGUCUGGUUUUUAUACACACCAAGCUCCAUGCAUGAGUAUUUUCUCUUAAGUUCUACAAAGAUUCAGCUCAGCUUUUCAAAAUUUUUGAACAUAAACACAAAAUUAUUUGCAAGAACAGCAUUUUUUCACCUGUCAGCAGCUGAGCUAAUCUCAUGUCCUAACAUUUAAAUUUUUGUGUCACAAGGCAUUACUGGACGUUUCCUAUGCUAGCGACUGUUUUUCUGCUAUGUACUUUACAUUCAUAAGGCAUACUGAAAGUCUCUGUAAUUUUCACUGUAUGUCGCCCCCUGCAAGGUUCUCAGUUCUUAAAAUACAGAGUAACUUGGGGAACAAAAUUAUUGGCGGUGAACAAAGAUAGGAGAAGGAAUUCAGCCUGUCAAUACAGUGUCAAGAAUUAUUUCCUUGCUUGAAGUUUUGGCCAGGUAGAUUUAUUCUCUCUUAAUCGCAUAAACUAGUUCUUUUGCAGCCAAUCAGAUUUUGGUUUAAGAAAAUUUUGAUGUCACAGCUUCAGGGAACUUCCUCUGAAUGCUUUGCAGUUGCUAAUAGUGCUUAGUAGCUUUUUUCCUCCACUGGAGGUUAUUUUUCCAUGCAUGCUUUAGUAAAAAUGAAGGAAAUUCACAAAGAUUUUACAUAGGAAAAAUACUGAAAACGAUGCUUUAGGUAAGCAAAGAUUUUCUGUUAAGCUACCUUUAUGAUUGGAUUAACAAGGAUUCCUGUCUACAAGUGUCCCUUCAAUUUAUUAUUAGCAAGGGCUUUAUUCCUCAUUGUUUUCUCUAUAAUCAAAUAAUCAUGCAUUAUAACCCUUGAGCAGAAAGAGAAAAAAAUGAUAAUUGUUGAACUCACCGUGAAUUUUUGUAAAAUAUAAAUUUAUCAGUGAAUCUCACAGCCCUGUCGGUUUUUGAUUUGUUUAAAUGUGUGUAUGUGAGCGAUCUCAUUUCCUGAAUUAUUUUUUGUUUUUUUUCUAAAACCAUUAUGGUAAGAAAUGUUGGUGAUUUUUCUUAGAAAACACUUCAAAGCUCAUUAAAUUUGACUAGUGAGCAUGUUCAUGAUUUUUUGAAAUUGCUGGGCAAUGCCGUUCGAACUUCAGUACUAGAAAAGGCGCUGUAUCAACAACUUUACUUGAAAAAGCGUUUUGAUUAAUUUAUCCCAUGAGAUGAUCUUUAAUACCUCAUAACUUUGGAGAACUUGCAUAAAUGAAGUGCCUCUGAAAUAUUUUUUGGUUGUGUCAAUAUGUGGUAAAUGUCAACUUAUUGAUGGACGGCGAAGAUCUUUUGGAAAAGUUGACAAGGCAUGAAUGAGAAAGGUGGAGUUUGUUUCAUCUUUAAGGCCACAAGUUUUUGAGGCUCCGGCAGUCUUUAGCAUUUUUAAAUUGUACCGUAUGAAACUUAAAGAAACUUUGUUUUCAAGAUAGAAUGUAUUACCUAUGGUAUAUAUGAAAGGUGAUUGGCGACUUAUAUUUUUUACAAAAGGAUCUGAUUAUUUAGUAUGAUCGUGUCUAAGAAUAAUUGCUGAAAAUUGUUUAUUUUUUAUACUUGUGAGUAUAUCUCUUCUAUUUGCCAUCCUUCGCUUUCGAUAAUUGUGCGAUUUUAUAUGGGUUUGAGUGUAUACAAUUAUGAUGUACUAUCACAAAAGUUCCUAACCAGUGUACAUCUUUCUUUUCGCCUCCACGAACUUCAUUUAACACACAUAGGCUUUUCAUGGCUUUUUUAUCAUUACUUUCUUUUUUUUUUUUUUUUUUUUUUUACCAAAGAAAAUCUAAAUCUCUCUUUUCAAUGGUAUACAUUAAGGGUUAUUUGUGGUACUCAUUUGUCAUGAAUGUUACAAGCUAAUUUUUGGUGUAGUGAAAUAAUUGGAAGAAGAGGAGAGAGAAACAGUGUCCAUAUAUGUUCUUGGACGUUUAAGCUGUUGAAUAUGGACCAGUUUUGGAUUCAUAUCAGGAACAAAAAAAAGUGCCCCUCAAAUGAAAUUAACUUUCUGUUUGUUUGUGUUUUUUUACCAUGUUCUACUGAUUCAGUAACACUUUUUUCUAGGGAAAAGUCACCUCAUUUCUCAAAAAUUUUAGUUUAUCUGAUGCUGAUUCCUUAAAUAUCCCCUCCUUAUCAGUGUGUACUGCUAUAAGUAAUGUGAGUGGUUGAAAACUUUGCUAAGCAAUUAAAUGUCCAGUAAUGUUUCCUCUCUCUAACAUUCAGUGAGAGUCACUUAAUUUGAGUCUUAAAAUAAGUUUCAGCUAAAGGGUCACAGAUUUACUUUUGUUCAAUCUGACCUGUGAACAAUUUGCACUUAGAUUGUCAAGCACUCGAUGCCUUUAAUUCAAUAUUCCCUUUGUUUUCUUCUUCUGGUCAAUUAAAGAACAAAUUUAAUUUUUUCAUGCCCUGUCUUGGCAUGACAUUUUCCAGCAAUGAAUGGUCGAAAUGAGUUGUAUUGACAAAUGGACCACAUUUAGCAGAAAGAAACCAAGCCGCAUCAGCAAUUGCCAAAUUUAUCUGGGCACUUUAAUUUUUUACAAGAAAAGGUUUGUACGGAUUCCUUUGAAAAUUCUACGGAAUUCACCUUGUAAUAUGUAGAAAAUUCACUGAAAUUUGCACAAAAAUCCACACAACCGUUUUUAUGUGAGAUAAUUCAAUUGCCUAAUUAAGUUUAGCACUAGCUGAUGUGACUCAGUUCCUCUCUGUUUAACGUGGCCCUAAUUUUAUCUCCCAACUCAGGAGAAGAAAUGAAGCAAGCUGGCCAACAAGUAGCAAGAUCCCUAAAUGACUUCAUUUUGCAACAAGGAACCACUAUUUCUGACUGAUUUUAUAUGCUAUUGGUUUUCUUAUGCAGAUCGGUGCUCUUAUAGAAGAGCGCGAGAUAGCGGGUUUCUUAUUGCAAAAUGUAAUCCAAAUCUUGAGAUCUGCUGCCAGAGCGUGCUUCAGAUAGCUUGUUCUUUUUGAUGCCUGUGGAGAAAAAGGAAUUCUCAUUUCUACGCACAUAACAAAAGAGGACAAGUUAUCUGAAACAGGCUCUAGGUCUGCUUGUUGCAGUAAUUAAUAUUGAAUAGCUCAAAAUAGAUGGGUUGCAGACAAAUAUCAAGAAAAGACAAAGCCUUAAAUUUUAAGCUUGUUUAAAUUUUGUUUUUGUUUUUAUCAAGCAUCAAUCUCUAUUAAACGAAAUGAUGCACCCUAUUGUUUCAAAUUUUUAUUUCUUUGUUUUAAGUUUUAUUUGAUGACAAGAUGCCUUUUGAUUUUUACCCCUCGUAGUCGCGUUUAGUUUGAAUUUUCUAUGUUUCAAAAUUAAAGAAGCGAAGAACACAUUUUAACACUGCUGUACAUUCAGAAGUCUGAAUUAUUUUCUUUCUCUUCUUUUAAAUUUGUUUGCAAUAUUCGGAUUUGCAUGAUUUUAGUGAUAAUAAUUGGAAAGAUUCUAACUGUAAAAAAAUAAAAAGUAUGUCAUUUGUAA